AACAACAGCGCCGAGCGCGCUAAAACAGGCGCUGGAUUUAGCAGUGCUCGGGAGCGCGCAGGAUUUAUCAUGUCCUUCAGGUCGAGCCUCCUGUGACAGACGUGAUCAAAUCUUCAUCAUCAUAUCUGUCAUCAUCAUCGUCUUUAUCACCUCUUCUCCCGCGCGCGCGUGUCUGUGUGUGUGUAUGAUGCGCGUACUCGUCUUCUUUACAGUGGUGUGUGUAUUCCAUGCCGAAGGCUGCAGGUGACUGUGGUCCUGAUGAUGUCACUACUAAGACCAGCGGAGCACACACAGGGUGUGAUGUACAGGAGACAGAUGAUGUUCUGAACGCUAAAGAGAGACACGAGGGUCUGCUGAGAGAAUUACAGGAACUAGCAGAACACGAGAGCGAGAGAGACCGAGAAUACGUCCGUGACAGAGACGACGGGUUUGACGGAGAUGAAGAGUGGGAGGAUGAUGAUGAUAAUGAUGAGCGCAUGAUGAACGAGAGAGAUCUGGAGGAGCUGCUGGAGUCGAGCGACAGGGCGCAGGAUGAAGGAGAAGAAAAGAUGGAGUCGGAGGAGCUGAUGAUGGAGGUGCAGAAGGUGACGGAGGAGCUGAAGCUGCUGCUGGAGGAGGAGGUGAAGAUGAACCACACACAGAGCUGGAACAGAGAGCAGGAGAAACAGCAGAAGCAGGAGGAACUGCAGGAGCUGCUGAAGAAGAUGAGUGGAGCCAAGAAUCAGACACAACAGAAGAGAGAGAUGGAGAACGCCAGCGAUGAAGCCACGCGACAGUUUGAGCGAGAGAGAGACAGACAGACUGAUGAAGAUGAGGAGCUGCUGGAGAUUGAAGCGGAGUUGAGAAAGGUGGCAGCAGAACUUCCCAGGGGUUAAACGCACACGCACACGUGUGUAUACUUAUAUCUGUGUUCAUAGCAAACUAAUAUACACACACACUGUCAUAAUUAUCACUACAACUACACCUUCAUUAAAUACCAUUUCUUUUUGUCUUAGAUGUGAAACAUGACGCUUAUUUUAACGUCAAACAUUUAGAGGCGGAGUCCCGGAUAGGCCAGGACCAGGCCUUAGUUAAAUCAGGAUAUUAAUGCUUGGUUUCACAGACACGGCUUAGCCUAACCCAAGUUGAAUGAAGAUAUUUAUGUCGCUUUUAUAAAAAUGCCAAGAAGAAAACAUGACUGGUGUGCAUCUCGAGACAAAACAAUGGCGCUGGUUUAUUUUAAGAUAUUUCUGGGCAAGUUAUAUUGAGUUAAGACAGGUCACACAUUCAUUUUAGUCUGGGACUAGCCUUAAGCCUUGUCUGUGAAACCGGGCCUACGUCAUUUUUAAAAGCAUUCUUUACAAAAGAACAUUACUGGUGCGCAUCUCGAGACAAAACAACGGCACUGAUAUAUUUUAAGAUAUGAUAGUGUGAGCUGGUUUUUAACUUAUCAAGACACCUCUAACAUUUAAGUUAGUCUUGGACUAGUCUUGAGCUCUGUCCGGGAAACCGCCCCUUAGAAAUAUGACUUAUUAUAAUAACAAAAACUGUUCAAAACUAGAAACACAUUCUUCAGUCUCGGACACACACACACAGGCUGCGUCCGAAAUCGCCUACUUCCAUACUAGAUAGUAAGCGAGAAUGAGUAUGAGACAUGAACGGUAUGUCCGAAACCUCAGUGUGCACAAAACAGUAGGCGAGAAAUACCCGGAUGGUCUACUGCUUCCGCUGAGAUUGGUGAGUGUGGAUCGGAUGGACACUUCUCUAUCCCAUGAUGCCACAGGAGCUGAGCAACGGUCACAUUUCAAAAGUAAAUCAAAUAAAUAUAGCGGAAAACUUUAAGACAGACGUCUGUUUUUAAUGUAAAAGUGCCAAUAAAUGAAUUUCUCGUGACUAAAUGAUGUUUUUAUCAACUCACACGUGUAGGUUGUUGUUAAUACGUCAUAGGUCAAAGUGCAUAUGGGUCACAUGACCAUAAAACAUGGCGGAUGCAGUAUGUCCCAAAUGGAUUCAUACUACAGUACUCCCACUCAUACUAUAUAGAAGGUAGUGUUUUGACGGCCGAUAGGGAGCUACUUAUUCAGAUUCAGUACUGUCACAGUAUGUGAUUUCAGACGCAGCCACACAGUCCCUGCGUUACAAUCCGCACACUAUCCGUCCUAAUAGUAGGUCUAUACGAAAGUAGAACUAGUAGGCUAUGUUCCAAAUCGUAGUAUGUUGAAAAUAGUAUUCCAGAGAUUCCCGGAUGGUCUACUACUUCCGGUAGAAAUUCGAAGUGCGCAAUGAUGCGCGCUCUGACGGCUAGUUUUACCCACAACUCACCGCGAGUAGGCGGAGUUUAGUGACGCUCAACUGCAUUAAUAAUUAGGCUUGUUCGACUUGAUGCGGCGCCGCAAGAUCCGACAGGCGGAUGACAUCAAAGUACCGCGAGAGCCAUUCGAAACCAAACAUUAGGCUCGUUUGAGAUGGCCAAAUUCUGCGCAGAACCGAUCACCGGUGAUCAGCGCGAGAUGCAUGCCGGUAAGAAAUGUGUCCGAGUUACGUCCGCCUCUGAUGUCAUGCUGACGUGUGUCAAAAAACUGUCGGAUUCUUCAGUCGGGCGCAGCUGCUCUCCACCGACUGCGCUGAUGAAAAGCACGAUGGGAAACAACUUGAUGACGACACAGCUUAAAUGCUCAUUGGGCGAGAAUGUCAGCUGAUGUCUUUUUUCUUAAGCGUUCGAUUAACAAGUCCAUUAACUGAAGUAGGUUUUGAGAUCUAUGUGUGGAAAAAACACACCUAUGUGAAAUAUAGAGUCCUCAUAACCACCUUGAUGUAAAAGCAGUGGCAAUUCAAUUGCAUAGAUUUCAUCUGCGAUAAAAAGCGCUUUUUAUUAAAGUAUAACAAAACAUUACAAAAUAAGAUGGUAUACAGUUUACAUUCAAAAACAGACGAGAAAAAACAAUAAAAGAUAAUACAAACCAAACAACAAAGACAAAAAUGAAAGAAAAAAAAUCAAAAUGUUCAAUCCAUCCAUAUUAAUAAAUUCAAAACAAGAAAUAUUAUUCAUAUUAUCGAAUAAAUCUAACAAAAUUCCAGCUUUUUAUUAUUUGCUUUUGACAGCAUUUGUAAAUAUUGUCCCAAAUAAUUCUUAAAUACUACAAACAAUUAAAAAAAAUACAUUUGGGAAUUAAAUUCUUAGCUAACAAAAUUAAGUUAUUAAUAUUUAAAAAAAGUUUGACCUCCUUUUUCACAGUUUCCAUAUUACUUUUUUUUAAUCAAUUCACAACAUUUGACUAAUUUACCCACAAUUAUUGCACUUUGUCCAGGAAUUAAAGAAAAAUAUGCUCUGAAAAAAUAGGGUCUGUGUUUUCUGGAAAUGAGUUACAGAAUUUACACAAUAUAGGAACUCCCCAGAAGGAUAAAUAUCACAUACCAUUUUGAAAUGUAUUUUUUUGAAACUUGAAAUAGGAGGUUCUAAGUUUAAGCAUUCGUUUGUCUGUCAAAGAACAUGUCUAUAUUCUUUCGUUCAGCCUUGACACGGUUUGUCUAAUAUACGAUUUAGAACAUUUCUCACUUUUAAACUCAGUUGGCCCAAGAAAAAUGCGAUAAAAAACGUGAACGCGAUCUGUUCCAUUGCUGACGUUUCCAGUCGACUCGACAGCGCGAUUUGGGAAGUGUCGGUCUUGCCUGCGCUGUUUUCGCUCCUCCCCUUACUGCAGCCGCCUACUCGCGUCUUCUCUUCAGGCGAGGCGACAGUGCGUCUCAAACAAGCCUAACUAUCGUUUUUCGAAUGGCUCUCGCGGUACUUUGAUGUCAUCCGCCUGUCGGAUCUUGCGGCGCCGCAUCAAGUCGAACAAGCCUAAUCUGUUCGCUUGACACAUCUCACAGACCACGCCCAUUACGUGACGUCACGCAGUUUAACCGUUCAUAGCUUCAUUCAUGGAAUAUUGGAGUACGAGUAUUGUGAUGAUGCGACACUUCAGUGAGUGUUAUAAUAAGUGUAUAAUGACAUGUAUUGUUGUGCUCUGGACUGUUACUGUAAAACAUUGUGCUCUGCUCGGCUGUGAACUGUUAAAACACAUUAAGACCGAUCUGAGGUCAGAACACAAGUGCUGUCAUCAUGGUCAGAAUAUAGAAUAGAAUAGAAUAGAAUGAGCUUUAUUGGCCAAGUAUGUUUCCACAUACGAGGAAUUUGUUAUAGUGACAGAAGCUCCACAGUGCAACAGAAAGACAGCAGCAGGACAGAACACAGAUGAAUAAUAAUAAUAAUAUACAAUAAUAUAGAAAUAGGCAAUGUACAAAACAGCAAAAACACAAUAUAGACAAUUAUGUAUGUACAGGUCUGAUAUGUUUGAUUAAUAAUAAUAAUCCGCAGAGAACAAUCACCAUGUGUGCGCGUGCCAGUGUCAUGUUGCACAGGAAGCGCUUGUGUUCUUUCUCUCUAUGUUGCACUUUUCUAUGAGCAACCAAUGAAAGCAGAUCAUCUGAUCACGCAACGCGGGUUUUCAGCAAUAACAGAUGAAGUGAAUCUUGUGUUUGUGAAAUCUCUUAAUAUUUCAUUUGACUGUAAGCAAUAGAUGAGCAGACAGUAUGAAUACAGUAAAUGAUAAUGAAUCAUGCUGUUUGUGUGUUUAAUAAAAGCUGUUGUGUGAACACACACACCUGUUUCUCCUCCUCUUCAUUGAGUGACGUGUUGUGUCGGAGUGAAAGAGAAAGUAAAAGUAUAAAGCGCUUAUUCACCCUCACUCGACGGCCUGUCGACAUUUCUCUCGACAUAUCUUCGUUAAUGUGUGCACGCUUAGUUUGUUGAGUCGGUCAAGUGUGUGUUUGUGUUGUUGUGAAGAUG